AUGUUCCGCGGUCGUAUAGAGCUCAUUAUCGGCCCGAUGUUCGCCGGCAAAACAACGGAGCUGAUGCGCCGUGUCAAGCGCGAGAUCUACGCCCGUCGCAGCUGCUUCGUCAUCAAGUACUCUAAGGACACCCGCUACGAUGAGCACAACGUUGCUUCACACGACCAGCUGAUGCUGCGGGCGCAGGCGGCCGUCUCGCGGCUGACGGAGGUGCAGGACACGUGGAAGCGGUUCGACGUGCUGGCGAUUGACGAGGGUCAGUUCUUCUCUGACCUGGUAGAUUUUUGCAACACCGCCGCCGACGCGGGCAAGGUAGUCAUGGUGUCGGCCCUCGACGGCGAUUACCGGCGCAAGCCGUUUGGGCAGAUCUGCGAGCUCGUCCCGUACUGCGAGGCGGUGGAUAAGUUGACGGCGGUGUGCAUGAUGUGCCACGAGCAGCCGGCCUGCUUUACUCGCCGCACCGUGAACGUGGAGCAGCAGGAGCUCAUUGGUGGCGCAGACAUGUACAUUGCGACCUGCCGCGAGUGCUACUCGAAGCAGCAGCUGCCCUCCAUCGAGGAGAUGCGGAUGCAGCAGAUGGCCAUCAAGGAAGUGGAGAAGCGCUACCUCGGCAUGUCAAGCAAGAAGGCAACCACCGGUCCCCAGACACCCGAGAAGCCGGCUGGCGGCUGGGGCACUAAGACCGGAGUCGCGACGCUGACCACGAUGGCAACGGAGGGAGCCGCCUCCUCUGGGGCGUCGGCCGGUAUGAAGUCGGGUCGAGACCCGUGCGAGCUGCCGGACUUCACCACCGAGGCACCAAAGUACCAGCGUGUGGAGCCCACGUGCAAGGCUUCGGCUGCAUCCUCCGAGUGA